AUUGUAGUCCUUUCAUCACAUCGAACCUUCACAUGAAUCAUCUCUGCUCUCUUUCAUUCAAAUGGACCCCAAGAGAGGAUGAGAGAUGUGGAAAAAAAGAUGGAGGGAGUGAACAAGGGACAGAACAGUGAGUGAGGAAGGAGGGGAGGGAAAGAAUGAGUGAGCAGCAGAUUAUUCAAAUCCCACCCACUCCCCCUUCCCCCUCCUCCCCUGCAGCAUCUCUCCCUCCUGUGUGUGUGUGUGUGUGUGUGUGUUUACUGGAUCCACAGACGUUUAGAAAGAGCAAUAAAUUAGAGGGAGUGUACAGAUGCUUGUCUUUGUCCAAUCUCCCAGUGUGUGUACAUGUGUGGAAAUGAGAGUUAAAUUUUUGUGGCUGUGCACACAAAUCUCCAUAGUGCAGGUCAGUGGGAUGGAUCGCUGUGCGUUUUGUGUGUAGCGGCAGAGCUGGACUACUAAUCAUCACUAGCAUUCAGGAUUUUCUCUCCUCCGUGCCUCACACACACGUAAGUGCUACCUCUCUUGUUUCCCUCCCUGUUCUCUCACUCCAUCUUUUAUUGUUGGAUGAUUCAUUAGCACUUGGACGUAGGUGAAGCACGCAGCUAUUUUUGGCGCCAUUUCUUUGCUUCACCAAUUGGUUGAGCUACAGAAACCCAUUUUCCUUUGUUUUUUUUAUUUUUUUGCAUCACAGCGGAUGAACGGACUUGCCUUUUUUGUAUUUUUUGGUCUUUUUUGUCUUGUCUUUUUGCACUUUCAUGGAGGUGCAAGGCACAUAUUCCAGCAGCAACACUCACUAAGUCUUUUUUCUUUGUUGGUUUGUCUGUGGGAUUAUUAUUUUUAUUUUUUUGGAAUUAAAGAACAAAAGAGUGACAUUUUUAUUCAAGACUUUAGUUUGAAGCUGCUGUGGAUCAAUUCUCAUACAAAACUUCUUUGGAAGAAUUAAAAUAAGACGGAAAUAAUUUCUUUUGUAGCUGACAACAGUUACCUGGUGAGAAAGCAACACUGGUAAUUUGGACGACAAGAAGAAACAACACGGUCGGUAUUUUACACAGCCCAGGAGAGAAGCAAAGAAAGUGCUGAAAGUCAAAGUUCUUACAAAGAGCAUUGGAGGACAAACAGAGACGAUGUUAUGGUCUCCAAGACUGUCGCUGUCCAAUUUCCACGUGAAACUCACAGCCAAAGGUCUUUUCCGAAAUCUUCAGCUGCUGUCAGGAUGCAGGAAGAACACUGUGGUCUUCCACGCAGUGGACAAAAACAAACCCCGGGAGGCACCAGCAAGACCCACAAACACCAACAGCAGUUCACAGGUAGCAGCACCUGCAGGGGGAAACAGCCAGAACCAACAGCAGCCUCAUCCUGACCUGGUACCAGACCUGGUGAAUGCAAACUCGCCAAUAACGCCAGCUCUCCCAGUGCUUGUUGCUGAAGUCACCAAUACGGGGUCAGGCACUACUGGAGCUUCUGGACUUGGGUUCAAAGCACGAACCAGCUCACGUUCCAGCCCCAAAACCGGAUCCCGCAUACAGAAUGCAUCCAAACCUGGUGUGGCCAGGUCUGCUGUGGUGGACGGGAUGGUCAUGGCUAAGCAGAACCAGAGCAAAGAGCAGGCAGAGAAGAAGAACCAGGCCAUCAACCAGCUAAGGAAGCUGCUAGUUGAGGGGAAUAAGAGAGUGGAGGCUCUGGCUACAGUCAUCCAACAUCUCUUCAAUGAGGUACCUCAGUUAUGUCUGUGUUUCCCAAACAGUGAAAAAAAUACCACACCACCUGCUGUGGGGUGAAAGCUUCUAUCCCUUCCUACUGUUUUUUUAAACUGCAUUAAAAACAUGAAGGCAAA